AUGGCGGUGCAGGGGGUCGUGUCUGCCCUGCUCCUCAUAUCGCUGCUGGGCUCACCCUCUCUGGCCCAGAACAGAGAGAUCACAGAUACGGUCCCCCCAACGACCAAUCAGACCGCAGCGCCCUCCGUCGAACCAGAGGUCACCUUGACAACACCUGGAGGGGACAGGGAGGAGGAGGCUCUCCCGACCACGGGCAGCCGUUGCCAGGGCUACUACGACGUGAUGGGCCAGUGGGACCCGCCGUUCAACUGCAACGUGGGCAUCUACCUGUACUGCUGCGGCACCUGCUUCUACCGCUUCUGCUGCCAGUUCCGGCAGCACCGGCUGGACCAGACGUCCUGCUCCAACUACGACACGCCCAUCUGGGCCAACACGGGCAAGCCGGGGGCGGCCGUCACCGAGGCCCAGGACGAGCACGACCGCGACCGCACGCACAUGGUGGUCUACAUCAUCUGCGGGGUGGUGGCCAUCAUGGUGCUGGUGGGCAUCUUCACCAAGCUGGGCCUGGAGAAGAGCCGCGGAGGCCAGACCGACAUGACCAACUCCAGGACGCUGACAGAGCUCUUGAAGCAGCCCGGGGGCGAGGUGGCCUGUGUGGAGGGGGCGGUGGAGAGCCCCCCCAUCGGAACCAACGGCAUAUCUGCCCGCAUGCUGCGCAGCAGGAGCGAGCAGUACCACCUCAACAACACCUCCCACUAUGGCCCAGCGGUGGCGCUGUCGCACACGCACGGGAACCUCAACAUGGCCAACCUGGACUUCAACAAGUACACCUCGCUGAAGGCUGUGGCAGACUCCGCCUCCAGAGGGCACUACAAGAGCUACCCGCUGAUGGACUUCGCCCACUACCAGGCCCCGCCCCCGACCUUCCAGCCAAUAGUGCUGCGGCCCAAGGACAAGCCCUUCCUCCCGCCGCCGGACAUCCACGCCCCCCUGAGCAUCGCCAUCCCCGGCGCUCAGCUGGUGCGGCCGCGCAUCACCAAAACCAUCACCCACCCCCUGCCCUCCGGCUCGGCCUUCAAAGCCUGGGACCCCAGUAGGGCCCACGUCCAGCGGCAGACCACCCAUCCCGGGUACGCCUCCGGCCGCCGCCAGGCCUACACCAGCAGGAGGCAGUGCAGCAUAGAGACGCUCCCGGAGAUGGUGCAGACCCUGGCGUACGGGCACGGCGGCCCGCAGAUGCUCCACCCCAAACACAAGGCCUACUCCACCAACAGCAAGACGGAGGUCACCGUGUGA